CGUAUGUUUGAUGAAGACGCAUGCAUGCAUGUGCAUACCUAAGUAUCAAAAUCUAAUUGCUCAUCUAUAUUUAUAUCUCUCUCUAUAUAUAUAUAUAUAACAGCACAAAUCCACAUGGAGAGACGACACACAGAUUCUCGUAUCUGACUCUACAGUCACUUCGAAGUGGAUCAAAACAAAUACAAAUGGCGCCACUGCAUUUUCUACUUGUAACUUUUCCGGCACAAGGUCACGUGAACCCAUCUCUCCGUUUCGCUCGUCGGCUCAUAAAAACCACCGGCGCACGUGUCACUUUUGCCACGUGUCUCUCCGUCUUCCACCGCUCUAUGAUUUCUACCCAAAGCGACCUCAACAAUCUCUCUUUCCUUACUUUCUCCGACGGCUUCGACGACGGAGGCGUUUCCACCGCCGAAGACCGUGAAAAUCGGUCUGUGAAUCUCAAGAUCAACGGCGAUAAAACCCUAUCGGAUUUCAUCGAAGCUAAUCGGGAUGGUGACUCUCCAGUGACUUGCUUGGUCUACACGAUUCUUCUCAAUUGGGCUCCAAAAGUGGCGCGUAGGUUUCAACUUCCCUCUGCUCUUCUCUGGAUCCAACCGGCUUUGGUUUUCGACAUCUAUUACGACCACUUCAACGGCAAAAACUCCGGUUUCGAGCUCCGGAAUCUUCCGUCUCUGGCAAACCGUGAUCUUCCUUCUUUCCUCACGCCUACGGAUACGAACAUGUACAAAAACGUAAACGCAGCGUUUCAAGAGCUAAUGGAGUUUCUUAAAGAAGAAUCUAAUCCGAAAAUCCUCGUCAACACAUUUGAUUCGUUGGAACCAGAGGCUUUAACGGCUAUCCCGAAUAUCGGAAUGGUGGCAGUUGGUCCUUUACUUCCUCCAGAUAUUUUCACAGGAAGCGAAUCAGUUAAAGAGCUAAGUAGUUAUAAACUUUGGCUAGACUCGAAAACAGAGUCCUCUGUUAUUUACGUUUCUUUUGGGACAAUGGUUGAGCUGUCCAAGAAACAGAUAGAGGAACUAGCGAGAGCACUCAUAGAAUGGAAGAGACCGUUUUUGUGGGUUAUAACUGAUAAAUCCAACAGAGAAGCGAAAACAGAAGGAGAGGACGAGACAGAGAUUGAGAAGAUAGCUGAGUUCAGACACGAGCUCGAAGACGUUGGGAUGAUUGUGUCUUGGUGUUCACAGGUGGAGGUUUUAAGACACCGAGCCGUAGGUUGUUUCGUGACUCACUGUGGGUGGAACUCGACGCUGGAGAGUUUGGUUCUUGGCGUUCCGGUGGUGGCGUUUCCGAUGUGGUCGGAUCAACCGACGAACGCGAAGCUACUGGAGGAUUCAUGGAAGACAGGUGUGAGGGUGAGAGAGAACGAGGAAGGUUUGGUGGAGAGAGGAGAGAUAAGGAGGUGUUUGGAAGCAGUGAUGGGGGAGAAAGCUGAGGAGCUGAGGGAAAACGCUGAGAAAUGGAAGCGUUUAGCGGUUGAAGCGGGCAGAGAAGGAGGGUCUUCGGAUAAGAACAUGGAGGCUUUUGUGGAUGAGAUUGUGGAGACUCUGUUCAGUGAAGCAGAGGAGGUUAAAGACAAAUAGAGUGUUGAACAAAUCUAUAUUCUUUGAAAACGGUUUCUAACUUUGCCACUUUGUUUAUUAAUUUCAUUAAAACACAGUAUAUUGAAUAUAUAAUAAUAUAUAUGGGACCUGCAAGUAUCAUUAUUUACCAAAAAGAAAAAAAAACAAAAAGUUUAAGACCAUUGCCUAUCAGUAUCACUAUGUAGUAUGUACUGCUUGUUGUUUAGCUAAUUUAUCAGUAGAAGUAUCGAAUCCUCUCUGUCUGAAAAAACUUGUUUUCAGAGAACAUUUGAUGAA